AUGACGGAUGCCGCGUCAGCGACCGCGGCCGCCAAAAAAUCGUCGAGCUCGCCGACGGACGCGUUCGGGUUCGAUCAGCUCGCGCGCGCGCUCGAACCCGAGCGCGACGAUGGAAAUCGCGAGUACAAGCGGCGUUUGGUGGACGUCGCCCCCGAGCGAUUCGAGGAACUCGUGACGCAGCUCCACUGGCGCUGCCUCGCGGAGGGCGCGGGCGAGGCGUUGUACGAUUUAGGAGUGGACGACGACGGGACGGUGUUCGGAUUGAGCGAAUGCGAGAUGGAGGAGAGCGUGGCGACGUUGAAACGAAUGGCAGAGGCUAUCGAGUGCGAUGUGUCGGUGGUGUGCGAACGGCGGACGAAGACGGGAAAGCGAAUCGCGACGUUUUUGGUGCGUCGACGCCCGUGCUCGAGCGAACACAAAGAGAUCAGAAUAACGACGUUGGGAAAUGUGGAUUCCGGGAAAUCAACGGUUUUGGGCGUGCUCACAAAAGGUGGUUUGGAUAACGGUCGAGGACUGGCGCGCGGGGGCGUGUUUCGACAUAAACACGAGCUCGAGAGCGGAAGGACGAGUUCGAUCUCGUCGCAAAUUAUGGGAUUCGAUGCGAAAGGAAAUAUAAUCAACUACUCCAACCCAGACGUACGAGAGGCACAUCAGUUGAGGUGGGAGCAAAUCUGCGCGGCGUCGUCGAAAGUCGUGCAUUUUAGCGACUUGUGCGGGCACGAAAAGUACUUACGAACGACGAUGCAUGGCAUCGCUGGGUCGCUGCCUGAUUUCGCGCUCAUGUGCGUAGACGCGAACAGAGGCGGAAUCAUAGGCAUGACGCGGGAGCAUUUAUCAAUUAUGCUCGGCUUGAAGGUACCUUUUUUCGUCAUCGUCACCAAGGUUGACAUGGCGAGCGAAGAGAACAGAGUGGCGACGCUAGACGCUCUUAUGAAGAUGCUCAAGCGCCCGGGCGUACAUAAAACGCCCAUCCUCGUGCGCGAUGACAUCGAUGUCAUGACAUCUGUAAAGAACAUCGCCGGCGGCGUGAUCACGCCGAUAUUUCAGGCGUCGUGCGUCACGGGACUAGGACUCGAUCUGAUAAGGAUGUUCUUGAAUCACAUUCCAAGCAGGCGGACAUUCAAGCCGCUUGAAGGCGACCGCGCGCUUGUGCACUUGGAUGAAUCUUUCAGUGUGCAAGGUAUCGGCACGGUGGUGAGCGGUCUCGUCGUGAGCGGAAAAAUUACGACGCACGCGUCGAUGUUACUCGGGCCUGAUGGCCGCGGCGCAUUCACGCCAGUGCAGGUAAAGAGCAUCCAAAAUAAGCGUGUGGCGGUCGAAGCAGUCGGUCAAGGGAACACGGCAAGCUUCGCCAUUAAGCCGAAGAAAGGGCACAUCCAUAAGGAAGAAAUUCGUAAAGGCAUGGUUUUGUGCGACGCGAGCGUUCAGCCGAAAGCUACGUGGGUAUUCAAGGCAGAAGUCAUCAUCUUGGCGCACCCGACCACGCUUCGGGUGAACUAUUCGCCAGUGCUACACGCUCUCACCGUGCGACAAGCGGCGCGUAUCAGCGCAAUCGAAGGCAAAGACUUGUUACGCAUGGGCGAUCGAGCCAUGGUGACAUUCGAGUGGUGCCACAGGCCUGAAUUUUUGUGCGAAGGGACGCGCAUCAUUUUCCGCGAAGGACGAACGAAAGGCGUCGGCGUGAUUCGAACGAUUUGUGCCGACGUACCGCGUACGCCACCGAGGACUUACAAAACCACACACAUAGCUACCGUCGAGAGCGCGCACGUCGCCGAGGCUCGCUAAAAGCGUCGAGUAUGCGUUUGCAAUCUCAUACAAAAACUCUCUCGUUUC